CGUGACUCUUCGGACGGGUGUUGCUGGGAAAGAGAGAGAGAGAGAGAGAGAGAGAAAUGGCAAGGUUAAUUGUCGUGUUAACAUUUAUUAUAAUUACUCCGACCUACUCUGAACAAAACUGCAACAUUCCUCUUGUUAUCCGCGGUUCGUGGUUUUCCUGGGAAAAUGGAAGAAUUACGACGACUGAGAUAAAUGCGGAUUCCAUGUCAAGGAAAGGGUACUGUAUAGACAUGAAAGAAGAAUAUCAUGUUAAUUAUACAUUUAUUUUUAAGCAGGAGGGCUCAAGCUGCUAUACAUGCGUGAAAUUAUUGGUUAGGACAGUUAACGUUUUGGAAAAGAUGGAAACUGCGUGUGUUUCUGUACCUCCCGAAAGAGAGGCAACUGUGGAGAAUGUCUGCAAAGGUUUGAAGCCCGACCAACAACUGAUAACACUUUUCGAUGAAAAUUAUGUACCAGUUAAUUGCCGUUCAAGUUUAGAAGGCGUUUGGCAGUUUGGUUAUCAGAAUCGAUUUCGCUUUACAGGAGAAUGUAACCACCCAGACGCUAUGGUCCGUUCCUGUCAGACUGCUGGUACACAGUUUCUGAUCACAAAUCAGAAAUUUAACAUAACAUACAAGAAAUGUGCCGGAAUGAGUGAAACGUUUGAUGGUGUUGUAGAAUAUAGUUGCCUCGGAGACUGGUUUGUGGGUAAAAAUCACUUUUUUGCCGUUGCCAAUACAAAAGAGUCGAGGAAAGACGAAAAAUAUCGAUGUUUUUUGAAAAAUAGGGAUGAUGACCUGUAUAUUGGUGUUUCAAUUACAGCAGAAUGCAACACACUCAAAACAGUGGAGCAGAGUCCGGAGAGAUUACAUCUCACACCGGUGAAAUCUGAAGCUGUGGUUCCUGGUUGUACACUUCCACAAAAUUUCUCAGGUGAAUGGAUAAACACAGCAAACAUAGAUGCUGAUAUUUUCAUAAAUGAAACACACAUUAUGGAAACAUGGUAUCCAGAUGAGGGACGUUUCCGGCGAACCAUAUACGUUUGCCACCAACACAGAGGAACUCGUUACAUGAUGGCUAGACUCACUGUUGAUGGUUGUCAGAAAGAUUAUGUAUGUUUCGACUUUGUGCCCCGACAUCAUAAUAUAAUAAGAUAUAGGCGCGGUAUAGCUUUUAUCACAGAUGAUUUUCGUACUGUAUGUUCAUGGGUGCAAUUCAAAAAUCAAGAAGCAUGGAAGUACGAUUUAUAUUUGGCAAAGAAUCCUGCCCCUGUUCAGUGUCCUGUUGCAGGUAAAUUUAACUUCACACAGCGAGGAGAUAUACCAUUUGAAACCCGCAUUCUUGGAGGUGUGACAUUAUCACCAAGGCCAAAUAUCUACUGCAAGCAGAAUAUAUCAGAUUUUUCGGUUUGUGACCCAGACCAGAAAGAAAUUGCAAUUGAUGAAACAUAUUGCCUUAGUGUAGACCACCGUGGUCGACCUGUUGACAUAUAUAGUGAUCCUGAUUACCGACUGCAAUGUAUUGGAUUUUGGAAGGAGAAUCUGAAGUCUUAUUUAAUAACAUAUGAUGAACUUGAUGCAUUUAGCAAAUAUCGUUGCUGGGUAUAUCAAAGAGCUGAUCUUAACAGGGUACUGAUGUCUCAGGCUCUUGGCCCAUUCUGUGAUCUCAAGCAAGAUGUUACCAGCUGGAAUUACACAGAAGGAGCUGCUGUCGCCAUUGAUAUGGUAGAGUAUGAAAGAGAACGUGACCAGUGUCCAAUGCAUUUUGAUGAUGGUAGUAAUCCAUGGUUAAAUAAAGAAAAUCUCAUUAUAGUUUUCACAUUUGGUAGUGGAUGUCCUCUAGAAAAUAGCCUUUUUCUUGUUUGGUUUUUAGUUAUGUUUGUUUACAGUCUGUAGUUGUCUUUUACGACUGUUAAAAAUGGGUCUGUAUUUUUUGCUUCUAAACAUUUCUCACUGGGGAAUGAUGUUUAGUGAUGGUGCACUGCUGUGUAGUGUGACAGUUUGUACAUUACAUAGCUAUAUUUUGGUAGUAUGAUGGGAUAAGGGAUGUCUCCACAUCAGAGUAGCACAGUACUCUGUGCAGACUAUCUCAGGUUUUUUGCAAGAUUUUUAAUAUAGCUAGUACUGGAACUUAUUUACAUUGUUAAGAAAAUGUACCUACUUUUAAUUGGGUUAUUAGUUCAAUAUUUGUGAAAAUUAUAGAGAGAGAGAGAGAGAGAGAGAGAGAGAGAGAGAGAGAGAGAGAGAGAGUGUGUGUGUGUGUGUGUGUGUGUGUGUGUGUGUGACCAAGAACUAUUACCAAAGAUUUUUUGCUGAUUUGUGAAUUGUUAAUGGCAAGUGUCAGUAAUAUGUUUCAUCGUUGUUUCAGUUACCAAUAGUGAUAACAGAUCAUCACAAUCACUGUGAAAAUAUCUCACAAUGUACCUUCAAACAGAAGCCUUUUAUUUGAUAGAUUUUUAUUGUGUGUUAUGCUUCUACAUUAUAUUUCAGACACUUUGUAAUCUAUUGUGGGACUUUGAAAUUAUAAAUGUGUGUCCAGGUCAUGAAAAGUUGGCAGGCACAGUAUUUAUUUGACAUAUCGAGCAUUCAAAGCUUCCUAUUUCUGGUCAUCAGUGACAAAUUUUUGUUCAGAGUACUAUAAAGUGAUUUUUAAUAAUUGUUUUUGUAAGUGAAAGUAAAAUGAGGUAAUUGGUUCCAGUUUUGCACACAGCAUUUUGUCAAGUCAUCUUUGCCAGUGUAAGUGUUGAAAUAUUCUGUACAAAGAUUGAAAUGACAGUCCUGCUGGUCGCAUUAAAAUUUAUUUUUCUUCAGUAGCAGCAGGAAAAUGCCAAAACAUUUCUUUUGUUUUGAAAAAUUUUGAAUGAACGAUAAAAAAAGAGAACCAUUCGUGAAAAUUUUUGUCACCUUAGUUCUUUUGAUUCGUACUGUUUUGGUAGGAUAAACAAUGAGUAUGAUUGUUAUAAUUUCAAAUUUGAACCUUCUCUCUUACUGUUACUCUCCAACAAGAUACAUGGAAAAAAGUAGACUGAUAGUAUCCAAAGAAUGUUAUGUAGAAAGUUACAAACUCACUAAUGUAAGUAUUAUGAAAUGCUUUUUACAGCUUUAUCGUAGCAGUAUUUUAGUCUGUUAGCUUCUUGUGUACGUAGCAAGCUUAUUAGUUAUCAGACAAACACCAAAGUCUGUUGUAUUCAUUCCGUCCUCUAUAUAUUGAACUGAUAUAUACAGUGCAUUUGUUGUAAGGGUGCUGGUAGCCAAAGCAGAGUAUUUUUUAUAUCUCUGUUAGUAUAUAAUGUGGAUAAUGUGCAGUAUUGCUUACCAGAAAACUGUGAUAUAAUGUUGAACUUUGUAUGAAUCUCUAUAAAAAUGUCUUCCGCCUUCAGCAGAUUAUAUUUUACAUAUACAGAUUUUGUAAAGCAUGAUAUAUUUAUAUUGUUGU